AUGUCGCAAGAGGGUUGGCUAGUCCGUAUCAAUAUUUUUCAGUGCAAAUGCCCCUACUUCAGGAAAUUUCUUUUCUGUGCUAAUGUCGUCUGUGGCCGUGCGGCCGCCGGUCUUAGUGUUCCCGGUGUCGAUGGCUAUCACCUGAGAUUCAAGGAUCGCCGCGGCCGCCGCGAGAGCCAACUACGCCAUAUCAAGCUGGCCAACUUCCCAGUAUUGAACGAGCUCAACAGACACUCUUAG